UCCAAAAUUUCACCGCACACACCAAAUGGAGACCAAUUCAUCAUCACCACAUCUCCAACGAAUGGCUGAAGAACUCAAAUGCCCCAUCUGUUUAAGUCUUCUGAAAUCUGCUGUUUCGCUUCCGUGUAACCACCUCUUUUGCAAUGUAUGUAUUGAUAAAUCGAUGAAGUCCGAUUCAACAUGUCCUGUUUGCAAAAUUCCAUAUCGCCGAAGAGAGGUUCGUCCGGCACCACACAUGGAUACUCUGGUGAACAUUUUCAAGAGCAUGGAAGUUUCUUCUGGUCUUCACAUACUUGGCACUCAAUCGGAACGCCAACCAUCGGGUCACGAAAUCCAAGUAGAAAAUGAGAUUGUUGAUAAAAGCAAGAAAACCAGCAAAGCUUGCAAUGGAACAACAAAAUCACAGAAUCAGAGAAAAAUUAAAGUAAAAACCUUGAAAGAAUCGUUAAAGAAGCUAAAAAGAUGUAAUUCAGAUAUUGAGAGACCGUCUUUUCCCACAAAGAAAAGGAUCCAGGUGCCACUGCAUCAUCCCCAAGAGACGCCAACAAGGCCUGCAAAUUCUGAAGGUGGGACUGAGCUUUUUAAAGAUAAAGUUCAAGUUAAUGUCUCCGAACCAGAAGGCACAUCCCACUUGCAUGAAAAUGGAGAAAGGUUGUUUACCCCUUUCUUUUGGCUGAGAAAUGAGGAAGAUGCUGAAAACCCAACACAACUUACACCUUUAGAUCCUGUAAGUGAUUCACCUCAGGAUGGUCCAUGCUUCAGCGAUAUCAAGGAUUCUGAAGAUGAUCCUUCUUGUCACGUGACUUCGAAGGAUGUCAACAUGUUUGACAGUGAAAUGUUUGAAUGGACACAAAGACCUUGCUCUCCUGAGCUCUGUGCAACUCCAAUGAAGAUGCAGGAUAAAGAAUCUGAUGGCAGAGUCCAAUUGUGUGAAAAUGAGAACGCAGAGAACUUGAAUGUAAAGCAGGGUACUGAUAAGUUCGAAGUUGUUCUGCCUGCUUUAUCCUCUCUUCAAACAAUAGAGGCUGACCGUGACCCUAAAGUCAAAGGGUCUAAUAAGAGAACUAAAAAGACUGAACAAAGCAUUCAAAAAAAGAGAGUUAAGAGAGAUGCAGGUAAAGUUGUUGGAAUCUGUACCGUGUCACUGAAAGCCAAUCAAGAUAAAGGCAGCAACACUAGUGAGAUGGUGAAACCUAAGAAACAGAAUCAUGGGAGAGGCAAGAGGGUUCCUGUUGAUAGUUCAUCUGGUGAGGCUUUGAUAUUAAAUAAUGAAACUGCAUUUGAUGGAGAAGGUAGUGGCAACAAUAAAAGUUUGAACAGAAAGGAAACCACUAAUCAGCAGCUUAGUAGUGGAAUUAGAAGGUUGAAAAAAGAUGAUCCAAGAAAUAGUGAUGAUAGAGUAACUAAAAUCAACAAUACUUUCAACCUCGUGUUGCCCAAUGGGACUUUAACUGUUGAUAGUGAGAUAAAAGCUCAUGCUUGCAGAAAACAAAUUGAAAAAGGUCAUGUUCCAAAGGGAUUGAAAACUUCUAAAAAGGUGAAAUUUUCUAGAAAUGAAAGCUCAAAGGUUAAAUCAGUUGAUGACAUUCCACCAACUUCAGAAAAAGUAGCUACAAGGACCAGGCAACCCUUGGGAGACUCCAAUCCUACAUUGAAGUCAAGUACAAUGUUCUUACACAUAUGUGACAAUUUGUCUAAUAUGUGUUGUGCUUUCUGCCAGUCGACAGAAGAAUCAAAUAUUUCUGGAUGCAUUUCACACUAUUUAAAAGGAAGGCCUAUAACUUUGGAUCAUGAAGAUGUACAGAGUGCCAUACAUGCACAUAGGAACUGCACAGAAUGGGCUCCUAAUGUGUACUUUGAAGAUGAUAUUGCCAUCAACAUAGAAGCAGAAUUGGCCAGAAGCAAGAGAAUUAAGUGUUCAUGCUGUGGAUUAAAGGGGGCAGCUCUUGGUUGUUAUGAAAAGAGUUGUCGUAAGAGCUUUCAUUUCACUUGUGCGAAGUUAACACCACAAUGCCGAUGGGAUGAUGAUAAUUUUGUCAUGUUAUGUCCGCUUCAUGCCUUGCAUAAGCUGCCCAAUGAAAAAUGUGGUUCUCAACCAAAAGAGAAAAAGAAUUGUGCUCCAAAAAGACAAGCUGCUGUUAAACCUUCUCAAGUUCUUGGUGAUACAGUCACCGCGACUUCUCGUUGGGAUUCACAUGGACUAUUCACAAAAGUUGUUCUUUGUUGUUCUGCUCUUACAAAUAUUGAGAAGGAAACAAUUGUAAAGUUUGAGAAGUUAUCUGGAGUUACAGUAUUGAAAAUAUGGGAUUCCAGGGUUACCCAUGUUGUUGCAUCUGUGGAUGGGAAUGGAGCAUGCAGAAGAACCCUCAAAUAUCUGAUGGGUAUAAUAGAGGGGAAGUGGAUUCUCAAUAUUGAAUGGAUUAAGGCUUGCAUGGAGGUCAAGAAACCUGUUGACGAACAGCUUUAUGAAAUUAAACUUGACAUUCAUGGAUUCAAGGGUGGACCUGAACUUGGCCGGUCUAGGUUCCUGAACAAGGAACCAAGACUAUUUUAUGGUUUGAAGUUCUACUUUAGUGGAGAUUUUGUGGCUUCUUACAAGGGAUACUUACAUGACCUUCUAACAGCUGCUGGAGGUACAGUUCUGCAUAGGAAGCCAAUACCAAUAAAAGGUGAACAACAAUUUAUAAUUUACAGCCUUGAGCUUCCUGUUAACUUAAAAGCAAAUGAGGAAAAUCUGAUUCUAAGUCGAAGAAAGUCUGAGGCAGAAGCUCUGGCAAAAUCAAGUGGUGCUGUAGUUGUAAGCAACUCUUGGGUUUUGAACUCCAUUGGCUCCUGCAAGUUGCUAAAUCAUGCCUAGAUAAUUACCACUUGGUUACUAAUUUCUGAUGAAUUUAAUGUAUAAAAUAAGUUUAUGUUAGAACUUAAUAUAUCAACAAAUUUGAAAGACGUA